AUGGAUGUGAUGGAAAAUGGAAUAGCUGAGCUUUUGCAGUUCUCCCAGCAGCUGGCCUCCAGCCUAGAGCAGCUGGUCCUCAUGUAUGCAUCCUUUGGCUUCAUCUCUCUGGAGGAGACAGACCCCUGCAGUAUUUGCUACUUCUACAGAGGAGAGUUCCGUCUCGGGCACUGGUUUAGAGUUUCUACGUUUCGAUACUGUAUGCCUGUACCUUACACAGCAGCAAAGGAGCCAAGCCUGCUGUUCAAGAAAAUCCGCUGGAACGUGGACAUCACUGAAGGAGCAUCCUAUGGGGAUGGGACAGAUCCAUUAACAGAAUAUUACUUCCUGUGCUUUAAGGAGGCUAAUCAGGCGAUGGAUAACAACCAGCCCAGUUCCAAAAAUACAACUUCCAAAAGCAGGCGCCUGUGGUCUAUUGGUCGCUGGAUCCAGGUAGAACCCUCCCCAAGGGAACCAGAUCUCCUUUGCUGGUUUCUAUACAAGCAGCCUCGGGGUGACUAUGAGCUCCUGGUCACCAUUGGGUUCGAGGAGCCAUCGCAGAUUGCUGCUACUGAUCUCCUUGUGGACAUCCUUUUGAGUCGAAGGUCAGCUGACCCAGCAGGAACUUGCCUCACCAAGCCAAAACAGUUCUCAUACUUAGAUGGUACCAGUCACCCAGACCUCCCUAGGUCUAGCUACCAGGUAGUUUCAGCUGGACUCAAUUCAGAGUCCUUCACCAGUUAACCCAUUCACCCAGGCAAAGAAGUUGAAUUUUAGAAUUGCUAUUGACUCCUUUACUAGGAAAGAUCAGUGAAAUACCUUCUAGUCUUAGCAUGUGCUAAUUAGCACUAGCAUCCCAAAGAAAAAACUAUAGAAUUUACUUUGUCAUAAGGACACACCUGAAAUUAAAAGAGUAUUUACACCACUACAUUAAAAACUGGUCAGAGUAGUUAAUGUGAGGGAGGGAUUUGUAUUAGCUUUUAAAAAUUGUUCCCUUCACCUAGCAUCUAGAGACAGAUUGCUACAGGGGCAAGUCUUUACAUGUCAAUGGAGUUUAAUACACCAUAAAAAUUUUCCAUGACUGAUUAAGGAAAAGAUGGCUUGGAUAGGAAGUAUAAAUGUCUAGUACAGACAGCCUGAUUUACAAGACACUUGUAAGACAGGUGAGCAUUCAGAACAUGGAAGCUUCAACUAGGUUUUAAUAAAACCUUAGAUCACUUAAAACUAGUCAGUCAAACUACAAGUCAGAUUCAUUCUCUGGGACAGGAAUAAUUGACUCAACAUGGUAUUUGUACUUGCUUUGUUUUAUUAUGUAUAUACCUUCACAAAAUCACACAAGGAAAGACCAGUUAGCAGCUACUAAAGCUGAUUCACUAUCUUCAUGUAUUUCACCCUUCAGUCAGUGUAUUUGUAUACUUGAGACUUGGAUAAACCCUGCAUUCACUUUUACAAUAGAACUGUAACCAGGCUAAGUGUUGAACUUAAGCAAAAACACUUCGUGCUUCAGAAAAAUUACUCAUGCAAACAUGAAUUUGUUAACUUUACGAACCAAUGCAAGCUCUUCAAAAAUGACUCCGUGCAUGCAGGUGAUGCUGUUGUAGCUGUAUGAUGAUCUGCAGAGUUCCAUUAAGGGUAGCAUCAAAAGUAGGUCAAGUCUCAAUUAUGUUUGAGAAAAUUUCACCAGUGACAAAAAAGGGGAUCAGCUGUCAGAUCUUUAACUUCAAAACCAAAAAGAUCUGAAAAAUCUCUCGAAUGAAGUUUGAAGAGUUAACCUUGAUACACUAUAUAGCAAUGUCCAAAAAGCUGUAUAGCUUCUCUACAGUUCUGGCACAAUUUGACCAUUUGAAAUAUGGCCUGAAAUUCAAAACUAUACCUGAAGUAUUAAUGCAACCUAAAAUAGUGCAAUUUAAGUGUCACAGAAACUGUUCUUGAUCCAUUGCCUGAUUGGUAAAAAUCACAGCCAGUGUACAUCAGUACCCCACAACAUUGCUUUCAUCCAGUGUUUGACUGGGUAAUAUCCAUGUCCAUAAUCUUAAAAAGCAGAAAAAUCUCAACCAGCAAGUUAAACUGAUUCAGUAAGCAUGUUAUCAGCACUAGAGGAAGAUUUACCACUAAACCAGAUGCAAAACAGAUUUGGUAAUGAAAAUCUAUUAGGCUGUGCACACCAACAAGUCAUUGUAACUUUUGGCCUUGCCAAUUAGCCAGCUCUCGUUUCCUUGGAAAAAAGUUUAGUGGAUAUGCUUACAUACGGUUUGUAAAAACCUGGGGAGGUAGUGUAGUGUGAGACACAGAUGUAAAUGGCUAAUAUGACAAAAUGAACUGCUUCAUUCAUUUAACGCUUGGAUUUCACUUACACUAAUUUCCAAUUCAAGGCAAAUUACCAAAGUCUGAAUCCUGACUGAACUUACUGUUCAACGUAGCUUUCAAAUUUAUUAUGGAAAUUACCCAAACCAAUCAGGUGGUCAUGGCAGUUUACUGGCAUGAUCAUAAAGCUGAAGUAGUGUAGGCUAAAGCAAAGGCAGCAAAAUGUAUACAAAUCAACUCCAUGCAAACAAGGCUGUAUAAAUUGGUUGCUUUAAAAGAAAAAAGUGUUCCCUGCAUAUUUGCAUACUGCACAUCUAAGGACACUUCAAAGUAACAGUUCACCUGCUGGAUUCCUUGAAAAAAGGUGCAAAGUAAUUGCACCAAUGCAACAUAUGGAGACAAACAAACAAACAAACAUUCUUCAUUUGGAGACCUCAGGUCUGCAUCAUGGCUUCUAUAUGUUCCAGUUUGAGACAGGAUAAAAGAUUAUCCACACUUCAGGUUUGCUCCAGAGGAAGUUGAUAUGAUUCAGUUUGUUCCUCCCCUUUCAAAAAAGGAGGUUGGUUAGUAAUAAUUUCCUCUUGGAAAAAGAUGCAAUGACAUGGAGGCAACUUGGGCAAAAAAACUCUGCAUAGCCAAAAGCCCAAGACAACUUUUAAAAAAUAAAAUCUACAUCUUCAACUGUCUAGCUAUGUACACAAUUAGAUCCCCAUCAAGACUGUACACCUUGUUUUAAAAUCACCCAUCAGAAAAUAUUUUUCUACAAACAAUGGCCAAGUCAGGUUUUAAGUUUGCUCACUGAUAUGAAAGGUUUGUUUUCAGACAGAUGUUAUCACCAUACUAGGUUAUAGAAUGAAGAGC